CUCAGUGCGCGCUGCGGUAAAAACAAACAGAAUUUUAUAGAUUAAUCCCCACAUGUCGUCCUCGGUUCCGCGGAUUUGGACAAGCAUCAAAAGUUAAACUGUAAUCUUCUCUCUUCCUUUUUGGAUCUAUGGACUUCGUUGAUGUUAAACUUAAAAGAGGGAAUAAUGAAGCAAUGAGAUUUCUUGUUGAGUUAAACUUUUGUUGACAAAUAAAAAGGGGAAUACUAGAAUAUUAGGCAAUCUGUGCAAAAGCUAAUGAAAAUCCAUUUUUCUAUGCUUCCUAGACAAUCACAAUUGUCUAUGACUUUUAAAGGCACUUUGUUUUGUUUUAAAUACGCGUCUGCAUGUUUUAAUUGUGCUAAUCCAAUUCCUAUAUUGUAUUUUAGCAAAGCCUAAUGCACGAGGGAAAGAGGGGAAGAUAUGGUACAAAUUUGAGAAGCCUUAAAACACUUCUACACUGGGGAGUUAGAUAGCAAGCAAGACAACGUGCAAGGAACAGACUUCCAGGGCUUUGAUUAUCAGAAAUGGCUAUUAAAACUCGUAGCUACUCCGUUGAUGGCAAGCGUUAAAUGACGAUCGAUGAGUUCAAAAGAUGGUUAAAGAAAUUGGAUGAAGAUAAAGAUGGAAGGAUAUGCAAAGACGAGCUAGCAGACGCUACAAGAGUCUCGGUAGGAUGGUUUGCUAGGAGGAAGAGCAAGCAUGGAAAUCGAUCUGUAGAUGCCAAUGGCAAUGGCUUUAUCGAUGACAAUGAGAUCAAAAACCUCGCAGAGUUUGCAGAAAAGCACUUAAAUGUGAGAAUUUUGUAUUUGUAAAGUGCUAAUUUGAGUCAGCCCUU